CCUAACCACACCUCAACCCCACCUUUGCACCUUGCCCGUGGUUCCUUCUCCACAAGUCGGCUUCCGUAGUCCUUCGGGCUCGGCUCCCAGUUUAAACCGGACUUCCGCGUCAUGCCGGCGACACACCUGAGGUCCGAUCCGAUCGUGUUGGCAGGUGUUGCGUUUAGCCGAGCGGAGGCCAUGCCCCCCGCGCCCCUCCGCAAGGAGUAAGGAGAAGGAAGACCAAGGGAGGGGGGGGUUGGGGGGGGGGAGGAAGGAAGACGGGAGGGAGUCGCACAUGAUGUUCGAUCAGGCCGCAAUGGGCGAUGGGAGCCACCGCCGCUGCGGAGCCAGGCAGCCGCUGCGGGGUCCGGAUCGGCCGGACGCCAAGUGCCGCUCGCCGGCCCACAGCUCCUCGGACACCCCGGGGACGUCGUCGUCCUCCAGCGAGGACGGCCACGACAAACUUUUAGGAGUGGACCCCGAGUACUGCCGCAGGAUCCUGGUCAGGGACGCCAAAGGCACCAUCCGGGAGAUCGUCCUGCCCAAGGGGCUCGACCUGGACCGGCCCAAGCGAACCCGGACCUCCUUCACGGCGGAGCAACUGUACCGGCUGGAGGUGGAGUUCCAGCGGUGCCAGUACGUGGUCGGCCGAGAACGGACCGAGCUGGCCCGUCAGCUGAACCUGUCGGAGACCCAGGUAAAGGUGUGGUUCCAAAACCGCCGGACUAAACAGAAGAAGGACACCAGCAAGGAUUCGGACAAGCGGAUGUCCUCUUCCUCCGAGUCUUUAGCCACCUGCAACAUCCUCCGUCUCCUGGAGCAGGGACGCCUCCUGUCGGGCCCGGCGCCGCCCGCCCCGACCCCCCUCCUGGCUCCUCAGCAGCACCCCACCAACGGAUCUCUGCUGAGCAUCCCAGGAGGCGGCUCCUCCGCCUCCCCUGGGAUCGGCGGCGGCGGCGGUAGCGGCGCUCCCCCCGGGGCGCCGUUUGGGCUGCCCCUACCCACGUUGGGCAGCACCGCGGCUUCCCCUCGGCUGGCCGUCCCGCCGCCGCCCUCCCUGUGCUUCUCCGUCCCUCUCCUGGGCGCCGCUCACCACGAGCUGACCCCGGCCUACGGCUGCGGGUCUUCGGCCUUUGAGCCGUAUAUGAGGAUGGACCGGAAGGAGGCAGAUAUUGGCGGGAAGAAAACAGUUUCCUAAAAACGACUCCUGGGACACGAGGUGGAUUACGUGACUCAAAUAAUAGACUCUCCGUGCUGUUUUUAUAUGUGUGUGAGGUCAUUGUCUGAAUGAGAACCGGCAACAGCAUCAAGUGGUUUUUCGUGCUGUGAAAUUUGAGAAAAAACCACGGAGGCUGUGUUCGAAACCAUUUCCUAGUCCCCCGUGCCGUUUUGCGACCCACUCCGGUCGAGGGAGCAGUAUUUCGAAAUCGUCUCGCCUCAACUUCAAACGUCCGUGAGCCAAGCAGCUUAUGCUCACGAGGGUCACGGAAGCGGCGGAGUCCAUCCCGACAGACUCUGGGCGAGAGGUUCCGGUUACACCCCUAGAACUGGACGACCGUUCGCACUCACAAUCACGCCAACAGAGUCUUGAAUCCACCUGGCGACCAAAUUUUUGGGCAGGGAUUUGCGAGGAAACCAGGAAAAGCUACCUCGACAUGGGGGAGAACAUCCAGUGAAGAAAAUAAGUAUUUGAACACCCUGCUAUACAGCAAGUUCUCCCACUUAGAAAUCAGGGAGGGGUCUGAAAUUUGAAAUUUCUGGGAGAGAUCAUCUAAAAAGAAAAAUCCAGAAAUCACAAUAUAUGAUUUUUGAACGAUUUAUUUGUGUGAUACAGCUGCAAAUAAGUAUUUGAACACCUGACAAAACCAAUGU